UUUAGUAGCUCACCCGCUUUCGUUGUUAUUGUUUUUGCUCCGUGCUUUGCGUGAUUAAUUGUCCAAAAAUCAUGAUUUAAUUGCUUUGUGUUAUCAUUUUACGCAAUUCUCGAGAAAGAGCAACUGAAAAAACGUCGUGAAAGUGCCAUGCAAGUGUUCUUUAGAGAAAAAAAAAUUGAAGAUGAGUCGUCGGUCAUGAAGAAGAUAUCACAAGUAAUGAUGUGAAGAAAUAAAAGAGACGACGACAAGAAGAAAAACAAGAAUUUUGUGUGUGAGUGUGUGCGUGCAACUAAAAAAAAAAAUAAAAAUUAAAUAAAAAGAAUCAUAAAAAUGCUUCGGAUAAGCAGAACUGGCGGCAUGCUUCGAAGCAAAAAAUUAAUAGUGUUAGUUGUGUUAAUUGUCUUCCUAUUGUUCUACUUCAAAAAUCACAACGCCUCUCCGGGCAUCAACGCAAACGGCGUAAUUGACUUGGAGGAAAACGAGAAACUCGUUCGAAUUCUCAAAGAAACCGUAAAUGCGAGUCCCCUGCUUCUUGACAAAAGCGCGCAAUACGAAAGACAAAUUCUCGCGGAUCUGGCAAAGCAAAAACCGGGUCUCGGCGACAACGGGGAGGCUGUGACACUUGAUGGCGUCGCCAAAGAGCUCGGAGAGAAGCAAUUAGCGACAAUUGCUUUGAAUGAGGAGCUCAGUGAACAUUUGAGUUAUAACCGAACGACUCCAGAUACGCGACAUCCGGCUUGCAAACGGAAAAAAUACGACAUUUCAAAGCUCGGGACAACAAGUGUCAUCAUUAUUUUUUACAAUGAGCCUUAUUCGGUGCUUGUGAGAACGGUUCAUAGUGUCCUGAAUACUUCGCCGCCCGAAUUGUUGAAGGAAAUUAUCUUGGUUGACGAUUGCAGCACAAAUACGGAGCUUCAGGGCAAGCUGGAAUAUUAUGUAGAGACGAGAUUACCGAAGAAAGUCAAGUUGCUGCGACUGAAAAGCAGAUUGGGACUGAUUAGAGCACGUUUGGCAGGCGCUCGUUUGGCAAAAGGCGACGUUCUUGUCUUCUUAGAUGCCCAUUGCGAAUGCGUCACUCACUGGUUGGAGCCCAUGCUCGAUCGAAUUCGUGAAGCCCCGCAUGCAGUUCUUGUCCCCAUCAUCGAUGUGAUCGAAGCGAAGAAUUUUUAUUACAGCACAAAUGGCGCGAAUCACUUUCAGGUAGGCGGAUUCACAUGGGAUGGUCAUUUUGAUUGGCAUAACGUGCCUGAUCGAGAAUAUCAACGAUUGAAACGAGAAUGUCCUGAAAAGGUGCCCGAAAUUUGUCCAACGAACUCACCAACGAUGGCUGGAGGUCUUUUUGCAAUGCGCCGCGAUUACUUUUGGGAAAUUGGAAGCUAUGAUGAACAAAUGGAUGGAUGGGGCGGUGAAAAUCUCGAAAUGUCAUUCCGUAUCUGGAUGUGCGGCGGUACCUUAGAAACAAUUCCCUGUUCUCGUAUCGGACACAUUUUCCGCGAUUUCCAUCCUUACAGCUUCCCAAAUGAUCGCGACACGCACGGCAUUAACACAGUUCGCAUGGCACUCGUAUGGAUGGAUGACUAUAUCGACUAUUUCUUCAUGAAUCGCCCGGAUUUGCAGAAAAACAAGGAUAUUGGCGACGUCACGCAUCGCAAAUUGCUCCGUGAAAAACUGAAAUGCAAAAGUUUCGAUUGGUACAUGACGCACAUUUAUCCGGAAAAAUUCGUCCCGACGAAGAAUGUUCGUGCUUACGGACGAGUUACGUCGAAAUCCGAGCAAAAUAUCUGUUUGGAUGACUUGUCGCAAGGACCUGAUGAAUCUUACAAACUCGGCGUUUACAAUUGUAACCGCCCGGAAAUCACAAAUUCGCAACUUUUCUCUUUGACAAACGACGGCGUCUUCCGUACGGAAAGAAGUUGCGCCACAAUCCCGGAUUGGCAAAAUCACGGCAAAAAACACGUUUUGAUGGUUCCGUGUCACAGCACAGACGAAAUUGACGACAGAUUCGAGAUGACCUCCGACAAGCAAAUUCGACACAUCAACAGCGGAUUGUGUCUCGAUCACUUUGAGUCGCAUGUUCAGGAAUUUGUGUACGUCACAGAUUGCAAUCCUCAUGCGCCGGAACAGAAAUGGGCCUUUGAACAUUGAUUUUAACGAAAAGGGGGGAACUUUAAGACUGACACCUCUCACAUUCCGUCCUCAGAAUACAUUGGUAGCCAGUACGAAACAUAUCAGAGACAUCACACACACAUCACAAGUGCGUUAAAAAUUAGGGAAUUAAGUGCCACGCAAUCAAAGAAACUCUAUUUUUAUUGAAAAAAUGUAAACAAAAACGAAUCAAAUACCUCUAUAGAGAACGCACAGCGACGUUAUUUUCGAAUAUUUUUGAUAAAUUGAUAUUAUAAAGUUAUAUAAAUGUUAAAAUUUACAAGAAAAUCCAAGUUUAAGUCAUUAGUUGUAACUGAAAAUGAACUAGAAUUGUUACUUAUUGUUAGUGUUAAUUGUAAAAAGUUAAAAUUUAAGAGAUUUAGACUAAAACAGGAA